CAUUAAAGCGACUUUGAUAUAAUUGUUUUAUAACUACAUUCCGAUUCAACAAACACAGCUCUACAAGUAUUUAACUAAGGUUUAAUAUUGUCCUAUGCAUGAAGGCUAUAUGUCCUAACUCAACACUCAUAUUGUAUACAUACCUAUUUACAGAUAUUUAUAUUAAGAAAAAUCGAUGAAACAGAAUGGGAAAAUUACAUCUUGGGAAAUAUCUCGCAAACACAAAAGUAGGUCGAACGCUAUUCAGAAAUGGGAGACGGGUAAUGAUGAUUUUCAGGAUUUAAAAGACAUUAAAGACUACCUGAAGAAAAUGCAACCAGGAAAUUGCCCGAACAUGGGUAUUUUCUACGGAAGCGAUAACAACAAUUAUGUACAAAGGAAUUCAAACCAAAAUUUGAAACAGGAUGAAAUCUUUCUCGUCAAUGGAUCGGAGAAUUAUGUCAGUGAGGGAUUGUCAAAGAGUUUCAUGGGGAUCUGCUUCAAUUUCCUUCAGUCUGAACGAAAGAUCAACCAUAACUAUAAAAAAAAAUCAAGUGAAAGUGACGUCGUAGAAUUGGGAAGGAAAAUAAAUGAAGGAAAACAAAAGAAGCUUUUAAUCAUGAGAGCAACUAACCGAAGAAUUCCCUCUGUUUCAAGCUUUAAGUCCAAGGUUAUGAUCCCAGAGGACAAAUUUUACAUUUUACAAAGCUUGACUUACAAUACAAAAUCCAAAUUGAGAAAUGGGACUGAGCAUAGUCGUGAAGUCAAAGGAAAGCGCUCCGCACGUCAUAGUAAAAGUCCUACAAAUUAUCAACAAAAUGCCUCGUUCACUGAAAACGCUCAAAAACAAAGCACAUGCUCCUCACGUGUGUAUGCUUUUCAGAGAGGCUUGGUAUCAAAUGAAGAGGCCAAAACGUUUGAUUCAUUCAAACCUAAACAUGUCCUCCCUGCAGUCAUUGCUGAAAGAAUAGGGAGCAUUGAUCAAAAAAAGUAUAGAUUAUCUUUCGAAAGCACAGUUUUUACGUCAAAGGAACGUGAUCAUGGCACAGCAAACAAAUCGUACUGUGAUGGAUCGGUUACACCAAAGUAUCAUUCAAUUCCCCCAUAUAAAGAAUUUCCAGCGAAAAGUGUAAUACCAGCUAUUAACGAAAGAAGAUACUCUGAUUUUUUCAGCUAUAUUCAAUUUCUUUGCAAGGAGAGAAACAAAAGAAAGGAGAGUGCAAAUGUUUUAAGGCAACUGAAUGAUCGUCGAUGGCGUGACAAACAUGCAGCGAAUAAUUUAUUGAGGAAUUUUGGCGGUGGCAUUCUAGAAGAUAUUUACAGAGGUAUCAAAGGAUCAAAAAUAUCCAUAAACGAGCCAGUCCAGUUCAAAUUUACACGGGAACUUCUCGGUGAGAGAAAACAGCAUUCCAUCGAUGAUAGUUGUCCACAAAAGUUCCAUUUAGUACUUCCUGGACGUAAUUCCUACAGCAAAAAUAUGGAAUAUCUACCAUAGUUGUCAUAAAGUUUCAUUUAAGAAAUAAAAGAUGUUUACUGUGUUUGCACGGGCUUGUGCAAACCGAAGAGACCUUUGGGAGAACUCGAGAGCAGAUCAGUGCAAGCCCAAGACCGAAGGUCGAAGGUUGCACCGGCUUGAGAUUUAUUUCUUUUAUAAAAUAAAAUAAUGCAAAAAAGGCA